CCAUCAAAAACGAUUGCCUUCCCCCUCCCCAAAAGAUCACUUUCUGGCUGCGAGCCUAUUUGGCCUGGAUAUAAAGCUCAAAAACUGCAAUCACUAGCAAAAAGUCGACUGAAUCCAAUUCCUUAAAGUCUAUACCACCCUCUACCAUCCACCACAACACGCCUUAAUCAUGACGAACAGCAAGUGUCCUGCAACCGUCCGUACACCUCCAAUUGGUCUCUGGAACUCGACCGAGGUCGUUGCAUUCCCAAAUGAUCACCAAUACCUCCUCGAUCAUCAAGCCUGCUGCGGAGAGACAAACCAGAUCAAACUAUACAAGAAUACAUGCUUCCGCUUCUGCAGCACCCACGGCAAUCAAAGCAAUGUCACUUCAUGUUUGGAAGAGCGCGGCGUGAAGCAGGUCGCCGAGUUUCACAACGACAAGGGCGGGCAGUCCAUAGCCCCUCAUCAACUUUCCAAACCUGCUCUCGGUCUCCUUUUAUGGUUCUGAUGGGAUAUGUCAUGGGACCUCUCGGGGAGGCUCUCUUA